AUGUCUAAAGAUUUUAAACAAGAGAUCAAAUCAGAACAAGUGGAGAUCUCAGAGAAAUCCAACGGUUUCUUCUGCCCAAUGUGCGGAGCACAUUUCUUUUCAGAAGACUUCUUUGUUGAGCAUAUCAAAGAACAUAAAUCAGUAUCAAAUUGUUUCAUCAAACAAGAAAUAAAAUCUGAAUCAGGUAAACCAUCUGUUUUCAUGUGUCCAGUUUGUGCUGAACAUAUUUACUCAGACACUCAGUUAACAGAACAUGUUAAACGGCACCAUGAUCAUAGCAGCACAGAAGUACCUGAAAACCUUGAUAAUGCAGAUAACUUGACGGGAGUAGAACCUCAGAAAACGUUAGUUCUGUCUCCUAGUGAGAGUUUGUCAGUGAAACCCUUCAAAUGUUCAGAGUGUUCAUAUGCUACAAGUAGAACUAGUGACCUUACUAGACAUAUGGGUAUUCACUCUGGAGAGAAACGCUUCAAAUGUUCAGAGUGUUCGUUUGCUACUAGACAAGCAGGUAAUCUUACUACACAUAUGAGAAUUCACUCUGGAGAGAAACCCUUUAAAUGUUCAGUGUGUUCAUUUGCUGCAAGUCAAGCAAGUAAUCUCACUAAACAUAUGAAAAUUCACUUUGGAGAGAAACCCUUCAAAUGUUCAGAUUGUUCGUUGGCUUUCAGACAAGCAGGUAAUCUUACUAGACAUAUAAUAAGAAUUCAUUCGGGUGAGAAACCCUUCAAAUGUUCAGAGUGUUUGUUUGCUUCAUCACGAUCCAGUGAUCUUCGUAGACAUCAAAGAAUUCACUCUGGAGAGAAACCCUUCAAAUGUUCAGAGUGUUCAUAUGCUACAAGACAAGCAGGCCAUCUUACUAUACAUAUGACUAUUCACUCUGAAGAGAAACCCUUCAAAUGUUCAGAGUGUCCAUUUACUGCAAGACAAUCAGGUAAUCUUACUGUACAUAUGAAGAUUCACAAUGAAGAGAAACCCUUGAAAUGUUCAGAGUGUUCAUAUGUUGCAAGACAAUCAGGUAAUAUUUCAAAACACAUGAAAAUUCACUCUGGAGAGAAAAUCUUCAAAUGUUCUGAGUGUUCAUAUGCUACAAGUAAAGCUGGUAAUCUUACUCGACAUAUGAGAAUUCAUUCUGGAGAGAAACCCUUUAAAUGUUCAGAGUGUUCAUGUGCUGUGAGUAGAGCUAGUGCAAUUACUAGUCUUAAGAAAAUUUACUCUUGUGAAAAAUGAUUCAAAUAUUAACAGUAUCUCAAUAUUUCAAUACAAGCAGGUGAUGCUACAAUACAUAAUAUGAGACUAAACAAUCGCAGGUAACCCUCUUAAUAUUCAGUGUGCUCAUAUUACUAUCUUGCAGUUCAAAUGGAUUUAAGCUUUAAACAAAAUAUUUCUCUUUGGUUAGAAAUCUUCCAGAUGUUAAUGAUGUUUAUAGUCUGAAAGGGAUUGUUAACAUAUUAUGUGAGUCAGAUUUGGGCUAUUUUAGACUCUUCCUCCACUGUAAGCCACUUUGCAGACAGCUUAGCAUAGAAAUUUCAAAAUGGGGACUUGCUAGAAUAUAAGUUGUAAAAGUUCUAUCUUUGCUCAUAAUAUGCUGCUGCAAUGGUAUUAUGAUGUUUUAAAAUGUCUGAAGAUUCAUUCUGGUGAAAAGCAAUAAUUAUAUCAACACAAUUACAAAUAGAUUGACGGUAGUUUCUAAAGCAUUAUUUUUAUUCAUAAUUGCAAGUGUUUUAUUUUAGAUGAGAUAAUUCGUGUUGGUGUGUUGAGAAUUAAUUCAUCCAUUUAUUUUAUUUGAAUUUCGUUGUAUCACGGUAUGAAUGCAAAAUUUCUCGAAGAUCCAAUUUACAAUAAUUUUUGUAAUUUAUAUGAUAUUAUUAUUUAUCUAAUAUUUUGAUAUCCUAGAAUGUCUAAAGAUUUUAAACAAGAGAUCAAAUCAGAACAAGUGGAGAUCUCAGAGAAA